UACACCAACUCUCCACAGGAAAAGCUAGAGACGGAACGUGCAGCAGCUCUGGUGCGUUGCGCGGUCCAAAUGGGAUCCUGCUAUACUUUGUAAGUUAGUUAAUUACUCAUAUGAUACCACACAGAUGUCUGGGGGGCUCUAGCCGAUUUUCGUCUCGCUAACUCACUGAUUGACUGAAUGACGGGAUCCUGGGGAAGGCAAACAUUUAAGCAGCGAAGCUGUGAUAUAUAGCCAAAUUCAGAGUCUUAUCACCUCAUCUGGAUAUCAAAGCCUGAACUGUGUUUAACAAUGUGCACUACAACGCUACGUUUGUUUUUGCUGAUGGCCGUCGUGGCUACUAGUGGAAUUUGUCAGUCGAACAGCACGGAGGGGUCUUGGCACACUUUCCCUCAAGUCUCCACUACCCCCAAAACCAACCUGAAGGUGGAUCUCCUGCCUGACCCUCAGCCCAGCUCCCUGAAUACCUUGAUGGUUAACAGUACCCGAUUAAGGGGCCCUCCAUCCUGCAAGGAUCGCACCUCCAUUAAGGUCUAUUUUAAGUACAUUAACACCCUUAUCUCCUGUGUCGUGUUUGUGGUGGGAAUGGUGGGCAAUGCCACGUUGUUGAGGAUUAUUUACCAAAACAAGUGUAUGAGGAACGGACCCAAUGCUCUUAUCGCCAGUCUGGCUCUUGGGGACCUCAUCUACAUCACCAUAGAUAUCCCUAUCAACGUCUACAAGUUGCUUGUUAUGAAAUGGCCGUUUGAUGACAGCUCUUUUGGACUUUUCCUGUGCAAGCUGGUGCCCUUCCUCCAGAAGGCAUCUGUGGGGAUUACAGUACUCAAUUUGUGUGCGUUGAGCGUGGACAGGUACCGAGCUGUAGCAUCCUGGAGCAGAGUGCAGGGGGUGGGCAUCCCCCUGUUUACUGCCAUUGAGAUCUUCUCCAUCUGGGUCCUAUCCAUCAUCCUGGCCGUGCCAGAGGCGGUGGUCUUCAACAUGGUCACUUUCACCUACAACAACCAAAUCAUCCGCACGUGUAUGAUGGAGCCUGAAUCCGACUUCACAAGGUUCUAUGUAGAUUGGAAAGACUGGUGGUUGUUUGGCUUUUACUUCUGUGUGCCUCUGGCCUGCACAGCCAUUUUCUACACACUCAUGACCUGUGAAAUGCUCAACCGCAGAAACGGAAGUCUUCGGAUUGCUCUCAGUGAGCAUCUCAAGCAGCGACGUGAAGUGGCCAAAGCCGUCUUCUGUUUAGUGCUGAUCUUUGCCCUUUGCUGGUUCCCACUGCAUCUCAGUAGACUCUUGAAGAAAAUGGUUUAUGCUGCAAAUGAUGAAAGACGUUGUGAACUACUCAACUUCCUGUUGAUCAUGGAUUAUUUCGGUAUAAACUUGGCCACGGUCAACUCCUGCAUCAAUCCCAUCAUCCUCUACUUUGUCAGCAAAAAGUUCAAGAACUGCUUUAAGUCCUGCCUGUGCUGCUGGUGUUAUACCAAGAACCAGGUGUCCAGCUCUGGACCUAUGAACGGCACCAGCAUUCAGUGCAAAAACCAGGAGCCCUGCAACCUCAAUACUGACAGAAGCCUCCGCAAAGACAGCGACUGAAUAAUGGAGAUCCAACCAAUCGCAACCGCCAGUCAACGUUCAUGCUUAAAACAUUAAAAAACGGCCGUCAGCCAGUGUCCAGCUUUGUAACUGCAUUUCUACGACAGUAACUAGAGGCUCUCUAUGCUCGUCGCAGUACGAGACAGGUUUUAUAUAUAGCCAAAUUAGACAAUGGACCUGAUAUAUUUAAAGUCUCCCGCAGACCCGGAACAGCCAUUCCCAUAGAUCUCUAGACUGUUGUUUUGCAGUGUGAGAAAUUGUGGGAGUUUAAACCAACAGCAACAGGAUGCAGCUGAACCUAACAGCAACAAAUUCAUUCUCAUCAGGAACUCAAAGCGUUUUCCUUAUGUAAACACUGUACUAUGAAAAUGCUUCGGAUCGCCACUGUCCGAUGUAAAAGGAAGUUUCAGAAAGGAAGAGUGAAGUGGUCUGGGUCAAUCUAUGUUCUGCGUCAAUUCUUUUCUAUUAGCUUUGCCAAAGAAACUCCCAGGAUGCCCUUGAGGAGGCAGCCCAUCCUUUAAGUUCAGUGUCCGGUUUAAUGUGCGUUUGUUAUUUUUAAUGUGGCCACAGUUAUGGAAGUUUGAUGCAAAAGCAACAGGAUCUUUUAAGUACAAACGUUUUAUUUUGUUUAGUGAAUCAUGUUGUGCGCUGGACGUCACCUCUGUUUAUUUAGCGGGAAAGAAAGAUAAUGUAGAUACUUUUACCCGGCUUUGUGUUUUGUUAUGUUUCAUGUACAGUACAUAUGCAUGAAAAGUGGCUUUAUCUCUAAUGGUAUCUAAUGCAUUUCAUUAAAAUGAGUCUGUAAGCUUAGAAUAACUUAAAUAUGAUUUACUGAACCUUGAUGAAUCACAUUAAAGAGUACAUUCCUCGAGAUCAUAAAAAAUACAUUUCAUGAAGUGUUUAAUUUUGCCGUGUUUGAAUGUAAGCAAUCUGCCAAGUUUUAAAUCCGAAGGUGAACGAAUAACAAAGUUAUUAGCUUAUAAAAAAGGUAAUCGACUCUGAAUCACGCGAACAAGCCAUGACCUGUCCGAAUCUUUAACCACAAUGUACCUACGUCACUAGAAAAAUCCCCGCCUACUGACUGCGAAAACUUAACUCUCUCCUCCCAAAAAACACUGUACUAGCUCGUUCGUGACGUGUGCAUCAUGUCUAAGAGAAGCUGUGUUCUAUGUAGUGAAACUAAGUCAGUCUUAUUUUCACUACCAAAGGAAGAACUUCUGAGGAAAAAAUGGUUACUAUUUAUUUUUCAAACGACACCAAAGGAGUAUAAACCGAACGUUUUACUUUGCGCGCGUCAUUUUACCGAAGAUUGCUUCAUCAAUCUUGGCGCCUUUACUGCAGGAUACAUUAAACGUCUUUCCUUAAAAGAUGUUGCAAUACCAACUUUAUUUGGACCUGUAAGCUCCACCGAAUCACAACCUGUAAGUGUGACUCU